AUGAAUGUUAUUAAUACUUGUCUUAAAUAUUAUGAUAAUAAUACCGAACGCCUUGUUAACGCUCUUUUUGAUAAUACUGUUCCGGAAAAUCUCAAAUCUGAAACGACAACUACUGCGUCCGGAGUUUCAUCGCGCACUACAACUGAAAAUGACAACCCAUUUUUGAGCGUGCCUGUGCCUCUUGUACAACAACGUGCCAACAUAUACGAUAACGAUGAAUUCGACUUUUUCAAUCGUGAUGAUGUCGAUCGGUCGAGGAUACAUCGAGGAAAAAAAACACAAGAUACAUUGGCCAUACUUGAUGAUAAAUCCCAUUUGGAAGGAAUGAACGAACGCUAUUCUCGUCUAGGACUGGUUAAAGAUGAUACAGAUGAAGAAUAUGAUGAUGAAUACGAUGAUACAUACGAUGAUGGAGUUGUCAAUGUGAAGGAUAAAGAUGAUGCAAUUGAUAAUGAAAUAGAAAAGAAUACAAACAGAUCAACUGGCAAACAACCAGGCCGUUAUCGUCAACAAUCGGACGAAGACGAAGAAGAAAACCAGGGUGAAGAUCAGAAUAAACGUCGCAGUCAAUUUGUAGAAAAUCCUGAAGUUGUCCGGGAAAGAUGGGCACAGCAACGUGCGGCUUGGCAACAACGCCAUCAACCACAUCGUUCACAUGGUCAAGAACAGCAACACGAUGUCGUCGGCAACGCUCGUGGUCGUGGUCAAACAGCAGCAGUGGCGCACAAUCGACGUUGGAAAGAUUCACAUAAAGGAUCGCAGGCAAAUCACAAUCGACGGGAUCGGGCUGCACAGAAAUUAAAUCGUGGCUUACUUUCUUGA